AUGUUACCCUAUCAAUUUGGAUGGUUUCAAUUCACAGGUCAACCCAACAGUGCCCCGUUUCUUUUGUUUCUUUCGGUCGGUCGACAGCAUUGUUUAGCCGUUUCAUGUAUCUCAUGCCUUUUCAUUUUAGUCGAGAGAAUUGCUGCCACUUGGUUCCUCUUGGAUUACGAGGAAAAGAAAAGGCUCUAUAUUUCGGCGAUGCUUUUAGUUGUUCAAUUUUUCGGUUGUUUCGGGGUUGUGGGAGCGAUUCUAAUUGGUGCCGCUUACAAUAUCCCGCUAACAAUUCUCAUCGUCGCUCCACCAUACGCAAUGGCGCAGAUUUUCAUCGCCAUACUUCACCAUGUUCUUCGUUGGUACAAUAAACGAGUGAUUCGUCAAAUCUCGAAGAAUCCAUUUAAGGGGAAACGCUACUCGCUGACAACUCGAUAUCAAUUGGAGGAGAAUCUUCGGGGAUUAGAGGAAAUGACAAUA